UGGCGACCACACCCAUCCAGCAAACAUUUGAAAGUCCUCCAUCAUUUUUUCUUCUCUCCCUGUUCAAUGUCUGACUCAGAGGACAGGGCAUCUCCUCCUCCCUUACAAGGAAGACACGAGAAAUCUCUUGGACUCCUAACUUCCAAAUUUGUGGAGCUCCUUCAGACUGCUGAAGGAGGGAUACUGGAUUUGAAAAAAGCUGUAGAUUAUCUUGAAGUAAAGCAGAAAAGACGAAUCUAUGAUAUCACAAAUGUCCUUGAAGGAAUCGGAUUAAUUGAAAAAGAAUCCAAGAACAGCAUCAAGUGGAAGGGAGCAACUGAUUUUGGCGAUACGCUAGAUAUGCAAAUGAAGGUUCAGGGACUAAAGGAGAAGAAGCAAAAGAUGGAGGAGAGUGAGAGCAAACUUGACAAGCAGUGUGCCAAGAUCAAGCAAUGUCUAAAGAAUAUUGUUGAGGAUCCUGGAAGCAAUAGUUUAGCAUUUGUUACUUAUGAAGACAUAAGAAGCAUACCAUGCUUUAAAAAAGCUACAAUGCUGGCAAUUCAAGCACCAUCGGACACAUUGAUCACUGUAGAUACACCAACAACUCACCCAGAUGGACUUUAUUGUAUGCAAAUAAAAAGCAAAAGUGGACCAGUUAGUGUACUUGUAAUAGGAGGGAACGAAGGGACAGCAAACAGAACUAAUAAUAAAAGGCAACACUCAUCACAGUCUGAAGAAGAAGAGAGAGGAAUGGGCGAGGAAUUACCAAUUAAAACACCAAGACUAGAAACAAUGACUAAUGAUACCAUCCCUAUUGAAGAACUUGUAGAAGAUAUGGAUAGACACGAGUCAGUUGGUUUCGAGGAUGAUGGAAUAUUAGGUCUUAGUAAUAAUGAAAUCAUAAGAGAACUAAUAGAGUCACACAGAAAUGCUCCUGUCCUUUCUUUAUCUCCUGCUCCAACUGAUAAAGAUUUUCUCUUUCAUCUUGACGACCAGGAAGGAGUGGCUGAUCUAUAUGAUGUGAACCCUCCUCCUCCUCCCACUUCUAAUUCUAGCUCUACAUCCAGUUCACAUUGAUCACGCUCAUUCUUUUCCUCGUCAUUUUCUUGUUUACACUACACAAAAUAAUCUUUUUCAUCUAUGUUCAAUUUAUUUCAGCAAUUAAAAUUUUAUUAUAUUUAGUUAGUACAAGAAAUUAAUUAAUAUUAAUUUUUAUGAUUUUAAUAACUAGCCUAUCUAGUUGAGAUUAGCCCCACCCAAAAAGAUGUCACUCAAGCUCAAGAGAAAAAGGACCAAGUUUCAUAUUUCUGCACCAAAGCUAAAGUUGAAAGAUAACGAGGGAACGGAUGAAACAACAAUUCCACUUCUGGAGGCCAUUAACACCUCAGUCAAUACCAGUACUGCCUUGACUCCCCCUCCCGUUGCUCCUAUUCCUGAUGAGUUUAUGAACAAGACACCUUUUGUGGGGCUGACUGAUGACACUAGUGAAGGAAGUAAGGUAGAGGACACAUUAAAUGGAGGAAGUGUGAAAAUGAAGAAGAAAGACAAAAGGAAGCAACGACAUGAGAAAUGGAUGAAAAAGAUAAAUGCAUGUUAUAAAGCAAGGGAACUAGCUAAAGCAACAUUGAAAAGAAGGAAGACCCCAGUUGUUGGUGAUCUUCGGCCAUUACUGUCAGCUCUGCCUGACGUUGACUUAGAUACAAACGCUGCAAGAGGAUCUACCACAGCACCAAAG